CCUCCAGCCCCCAAUAAUUUGACAGUUGUUACUGAGAUUGGAUUCAAAUUCAAUCACUUAACCUGACCUGAUCGCUGAGACACAGCUGCUAUGCUCCAUCUAUCUAUCAUUGCUUAAUUAGUGAGCCCGAUUUUAUAAGAGCCAAACCUGCAAUUAUGGUUGUCGUAAUCAUAGCAUUUAUUAACGCAAACCUAAAUCUUCCAUAGACGUUAAUUUAACCCUGCGGGUGCGAGUCGGCCCUUUCAGAAUUGAAGGAUAUGGUCGGAGGGCCCCAAGAAGAUGACUCCCAAACUCAUUCUCCCCUCACACUGGUACAGUAGAGGACAACCCAAAGCUGUCGCCUUUCGAAUCAACCAAUUCAAAGUGAAGUGAAACUCUAUUUAUAUAUAUUCAGGGAGCCUUGAGAAAAGCAAGACUUGAUUUUUCUGACCGCAUUCUCAUCUUCUAGGCAUCUCCUCUCUUCUCUCAUGGCUCGCUACAACUUGUUACUCAUUGUAUUCAUACUUCUAGCAGAAGAUCAGAUUCUGGUUGAUUCGGGUAACAAGAUCAAGAAACCCAAUGGACCUGAAAUCAACGUCACCAAGCAGCUGUAUUUCCCGGAGAUGAAGCCCAGCAACUAUGGCAGAAUCCACGACGAUAUCAAGCUUCUGGGGAGCGCCAUCUUCUCCGACGAAAAGGGCUGCAUCCAAAUACCGGACGUUUCGCAGAAGCUUGAUAUCCGGCACCUAGCCGGACGAGCUCUCUACUCCUCCCCAAUUCGCCUCUUUGAUCCAUUCACCGAAACUCCAGCCUCCUUCGAAACCACCUUCACUUUCCAAUUCAAUCUCACUCUGAAUUCCACCAUUAACAAGACCUCGAGCGCCCGAGAAUCUGGUGUUGGCGGCAGCGGCCUCACCUUCGUCAUCGUCCCCGACGAGUUCACCGUGGGCCGGCCCGGUCCCUGGCUCGGCAUGCUCAACGACGUCUGCGACGACGACUACAAAACGGUCGGGAUCGAAUUCGACACCCGAUGGAACCCGGAGUUCGGCGACCCGAACGACAACCACGUCGGAAUCAACCUGGCCAGCAUUGUUUCGACGAACACCAUCAACGCCUCCGACGUCGGAGUUUAUCUCAAAGACGGUUCCGUUCACCGGGCCUGGAUCAAGUACGACGGCCAGUCCCGGUUAUUGGAUAUUCGUCUUGGCCCCGACGGUCAUGCUUAUCCUUCCAAACCAGUCUUCUCCGGCGAUCUCGAUCUCUCGCCUUUCCUGAAAGAGUACAUGUUUGUCGGGUUCUCUGCUUCCACCGGAAACUUAACGCAAAUCCACAACGUGCUCUCGUGGAACUUCACGGCGACGAGCCAGGCCGUUCUUCGGGUCCCGGGAACGGAAACCUGCGAGAGCAAGAUCAUCCAGAACGGGAACGCUCACAACAAAACGCCGAGCAGCUUCUUGAUAUUCGUGGCCAUGGUGGUGCUGGUUCUCGUCGUGUUGGUGAAUUUGUACUGCAACGCCAAGCGGCAGGAGGAGAGCCCGGAAGCGGUACUGCUUCCGGAGAAGAAGCGCAGGCCGAGACCGCCGAACAAGCCCCGGAGCUUCACCAUGGGCGAGGUUCAGUCGGCCACUCGGUGCUUCGGCCAGUCGCAGGAGCUGGGGAGCGACUCCAGAAGCGUUACCUAUAAAGGUACGAUUUCCAACGGUUGCCCGGUGGCGGUGAAGCGGUUCUCGACCCAGUUCCUCAACUCGCAGGGGCUCGAUCGCCGGCGAGUGUCCAAGGAAAUCAGCGCCAUCAGCCGAGUCCGCCACCCCAACCUGGUUCCAGUCCGAGGCUGGUGCUACGACCACCGGGAAAUCAUCGUCCUCUACGAUUACCUCCAGAACGGCAGCCUCGACAAGUGGCUCUUCGGCGUCGGCGUCUUGCCGUGGACGCGGCGGCUCAAGGUCGUGAGAGACGUCGCCGAGGCGCUGAGCUACCUCCACUCGAAGCAACUCGCUCACAAGAACGUGAAGACCAGCAGCGUUUUCCUCGACGUGAGCUUCCGGGCCGUGCUGGGCGACUUCGGGUUCGUGCUGGACUCGUCCGAGUCGAGGCUAUUCGAGUCGGCGGUGAGCCAGAAGGCGGACGUGUUCGAUUUCGGGAUAUUUGUUCUGGAGGUGGUGGCGGGGCGGCGGAGAAAGUGGAGGUCCGACCCGGGGGAGAUGGACCUGUUGGAUCUGGCGUGGGCGAAGCACGAGACUGAUGAGAAGGCGACGGUGGUUGAUCGGAGGAUGGGUUCGGUGGUGAACCCGGAGCAGGCGGUUCGGGUGCUGGAGAUCGGGUUGCUGUGCACUCUGAACGAGAACAAGGGGCGGCCGGCGAUGGAGGAGGUGGGGGAGCUUCUGGGUUCGGACAAGCCGGUUCCCGAGUUGCCAGCGACUCGACCCGUUUCUUUGUUCCCCUACAGCAGCACCACGGGUCUGUGCACCGGCUAUUCUUGUGCUCGGUUCAAGUGAUGAUUUGCUCCCGUUCCGUGGAAUCUGUUUGGUAAAUAAAGAUAGAUAAUGCCAUGCCAUGCCAUCCAUCCUUCAUGGCCACGGUUGCUAGCGAUUUUAAGUUACUAAUUCAGUCUCAAAAAAUUACAAUUGCCCAGUGCCAUCAUCAUCAUCACCAAUUCGACCAAAAAUAUGUGAUGUUUAGACAGACUGCAAAUUAAUUAAUCAUUCUACCCUCGGCGGUAGCUUCCAACAAUCCUCAUUGUAAUUGGAAUAAUAUUAUAUUCAUUGAUUGGGCA